ACCUUUCUAGUAUAAUUCUAGCUCGGUGUGUUGGCUGUGAAUCAAGUCAUGGCGGCUGAGACAAGUCCAGGAUAGUUCACGAGCUGUCUCUGGGGAGCCACAGGCACAGACAGUUCUCCACUGGCAUGGCACUGGCCCGACUGGGCUUGAUGCAUGAUGGUGAUUUGGGAGCUGCUACCUCGUGCCAUACGGAGGUGUGACUAUAAAGCUGGCGCGACCAAGUGGUGGUCAGGAGGACGCAGACUUUCGGUUGCACUGCAGCAGCUGGUGCUCGUGCUUUUGGUGCUGUGUUUCUCACAACCACGGCCAGGAGCGUGUUUGGCAUGCUCUCUCGGGGACUGCGAUGCUGGUGCGGCGCUGGAAAACCAAUCGUUCGGAGAGCUCGACCUCUGGCAAGCCUUUCAAGCGCACCAGGUUGGCACGAUACUCACGUUGAGCGAAGAGACACGUCUAAUCUACCUUGUUGCUGCUAAUGUGUCCUGGCGUCGUGAGGAGAAUGACGGCACAGCAGAAUGGUGGUUUACGGCAAACGGCACCUACGAAAGCGUUCCUAGAAAUGUCACAGCAGCCGAGUCUGUGCAACUUGGUCAGCUUGACUGGCUUCGACUUCACUUUCUAGAUUCAUCUGCCAUUGGUGAUAUUCAGUCCACUUCCCUCGAGUUCAUCGCUGUCUCCCAGAGCACCAGCGAUAACUGUAGCUGUGCACAUCACACUCUAUCCUUUGCAACUCCAUCCGACCAUACUCCAAUUCACCUGGCUGCUGACAUCGAGUUUCUACCGUCAACAUUCUCCAGUAUAUCCUCCUUGCUGUCCUUUUCGACAAGCUCUGCCGCAUUGGGCCAAGCUGCACGUUCACCAGGCGACAAUGCUACUACCGGCCCGGGGCAGCCCAAGAUAGCAAGCAGUAGUGCACCUGCAGAGCUGACGCUGUUCGACAUUGAGCACUUUGGUAUAGCCGUGACGUCGGUGUCUGCCAGUACCGGGUCUUGGCAGGCAGCUUACGCUGGGAGUGAGAACACCGAUGUCUUCCUGGAGCCAGGAGAGCAGCAGCCGCCAGUGUUGCUAGGCCCCGAUACUCUCAUCGGCUUUGUAGCAAGUCUGCACGUUGAGUUCGAGUGCAUUGGCGAGGCGCCCAGCGUGUCCUUCGUUCCGUGGCAGCUUGGUCACGACGCAGACCUACAGCAGGCACCAGGUGUAAUUCACAUCAGACCCGUUGACCUAGGCUGUGUGUCUGAGGAGCCUGCAAGCUCUGCACCCGUCGCUAAUAUCGCCAACACUGCACUUCAGCCGCUGACGCAACCGGCGGUCGCAAACUCAGGCACGCAGUAUGCUGCUAGUCCCGAUCCUGUCAGCAGUGUGGCUGGCGCUGCAAGAAUCCAACCACUUACAACAACAGCUGUGCCGGAGUCUCAUCCUACUAGCUCACCUACAUCAGAAGAGAUUCCCAUGCCAGGGCAUGCUCUCACUGCUCCUCUACACGAAACACCUACACGCAUCCAUGUGCCAGUGCCUGCCAUCACAGCCACUAGCUAUCCAACUAUUGCCGGUCAGGUUACCGUAGAUCCUAAGCAGGGCGUUCUUGCAGAAGAUACACACUCAACACCAGCUCAGACUGGCAAGUCAAGACCAAUGGUGCGUCCAACACAAGCGGAGCAGACCACUGUGCAGCAGCCUGUAAGGACACAAGCUCAAGGCACGUCCGGGCAUACAGAUCCAAUGACAGGGGUUCCAGCAGCACACACUCUUGCCACUGAAACCCCUCCUACUGCUCAAAGUGAGCUGAUGUCUGCGCGGAUAACCAGCUCUCCAGUCCGAGCCGCUGUACCCGAGCCGGUCAAGAGCACAUCACCAGCUACUACAGACCUACCACCGACAUCGGAACGAGGUCAGCCAGCGUACCAUUGCUCGCGGCCGCCCACGUCCGACUUGCCAGGCUGUGCGCUAGCAGAUGGUCUGCUUGUCCCCAGUGCUCUGACUGCCACGCCAAGCAUAGCUAUCAUACUGCCAGGACAGUUUACAGCAGCUAUACGCACGUAUUGGAGCGGCUGGCGAGGCGAUAUAGUCGGUUACCAUUUUGAGUAUUUUCCCAUGCUCUUCGACCAAGCCACCGACAAGCUUGUGCUGGCGCCGGGCCCGAUCUUCGAACUCGACUUCUACGCACCGCCACGCGAUGCCUUCACUGUCUACCUGCGGCAGGGCAUCUAUUCAUUUGUGCUGACCGUUGUCACUGCUAGCAAUGCCACGCAGCUCGCUAGGCAGCUAGUCCUGGUGGCUGACUACAGUGCCGCACAGAUACAGACCCUGGACUCUAACCCAGUGCAGAUCACCUCACUUCAUAACAAGACGUGGAAGAGCUCCAAGUCGCCCAUUGAGGUCACGUGGAAAGAUCAUUUCCUGAACAGCUUCAUAUCAGAGCACAGCCACUACCUGCUACCGGUCGAGGGGAUUCCUGGCCUGUUAGAUAUUUACGACCAGACGUUUGGACAACUGUCCAUUCACGGUACGAAGAAUCUGCGUGGCGUGAUAUCAUUUAACUACGUAGCAUGCGCCACUGUGGACGGCAAGCAGAAGUGCAGGGAUGGUCGAGUUCGGCCAAAGCUCGCUCAGCGUGUAUCAUUCGACUAUCCUGAGCUGCUCAUGCCAGGUGCAGAGCUGCACAUUGCGAUCUUCGCUGGAGGCAUUCUCGGUGCAACCAAGUCCUCCUCCGUGUCUGCCUAUGUGGACCUUAGUCCGCCUGUGAUGAUGUCAUUACAUGCAUACACAGGCGUCAGUAGCCAUCUAUUGGUCGAAGGUCUCGACAUGGGAGAGGAUGAAUCCUACGUGGGGAAUCUAGCAGGUGUCAGGUAUCGGCAUAAUACACGGCUAGUGCUGCUGGAGAUGUCGACUGCGGAUGAAGAGAGUGGCAUGGAGCAGGUACAGGUGACAGUGGAAUCAUCACUAGACACGGAAUGGAGUGCGUCACUUGACCUGCCACUGCCAUACAGUGCCAUAUCCCAGAUCAUGUGCAACCUUACAUCCGGCUGCUCUUGUCCGCUGGACGGCGCAUCGUGUCAGCUGCACUAUGCUAGAGGAACGUUCGAGAUCCCGUUGAGCAAUAGGCUUGUGCCUACUGAACCAACGGACAGCAUUGAUGGCCUGAAUGGUACCUCUCCUGACAGUGACAAUGACACCGUGUUGGUUGAUCUCCCUACAACAGAGUCGACUAGCAUAAUAGAGGCACCGUUGGAGAUGACGUUCAGCUAUACCCUGCUCAAUCGUGCCGGUCUUGAGCAUAGCGCUGUGAUGCAGGUGACUGUCAAGGACUUACCGGAAGAUGAUGCUUUACCGCUGCCUGUGAUUGUUACUAGCCCCAGCAGUACAAUGCUGAUAGUACUAGUCAACCUGAGUGCAGUGCAGGAGCACAUUAUGCCAAGCGCUGCGGCUGUUCUGAACGAUGCUGGACACCAGCACAAUACCAGCCACAGCACACCCCUGCACUUGAUAGCUGUUGUGUGUGCCAUCAAUGCACAGCAGCGGACAGAGUCAUGUCAGCAUCAUGCCAUGCCUGAAGGUGGCCAAGUCACACUGUUCGGUCUGGACGAAUAUCAACGCUACGCUGUCCAGGUGUUACAAAUGAAUGGUGUGCGCUACAGUGAUAUACAUAUCAUUGUAACGCAGGAAGAUGUUCCAGAAGCGGCACCUCAGAGCGUGCAGGCAGAUGGUAUAACCGAAACUGGCGUAACCGUAUCCUGGCAACCACCGUCACUGAUUGAGCAGAAUGGAGUCAUCAUUGCGUACCACUUCUAUCUUGGGAUCAGUGCAAAUGGCAGUGGCAACCAUUCGGGUGAUAACUCACUUGAAUCCGUAUCCCAUUACGUCCUAUCCAAUAUGUCUGACAUGACAUGGAGCUAUACGGGCCUCAUACCUGGAAAGGUGUACCAAUUCAGCAUAUCCGCAUUGACGCGCAUCGGAGAAGGUCCACGCUCUACACCGCUGGUCUUCAGCACAGAAGCAAGUGUUCCAUCGGCAUACCCUCCUAAUCUAACCGUACUUGCUACAAGCACAACCUCCGUCACUGUCAGAUGGCAUGCUAUGGAGGGCAUCUUUGAAAAUGGACACAUUCUGAGGUACCAGGUUAUGCUGCGGCCUGUGCAGAACACUUCUGAAACACUCGCGGGAAAGGAGUUUGCCAUCGAGGGUAGCCACUUUACAGAGACAUUCAACAACUUGCUGCCUUUCACCGGUUACCUGGCACGGGUUCGAGCUGCUACGGAAGCUGGCUAUGGCCCUUGGAGUCCCGCGGUGGAUGCCGAGACAUCGGAAAGCAAUCCUGUUGCUCCAGUGCUUGUACCGCUAGCGACCAGUGGCACGUCUGCAUUCCUCUCCUGGCGCUGGACAAACACCUUGUCCAAUGGCGUAUUGACUGAGCAGCAACUCAGGUAUCGAGAAGACACUGCUGAUGCUGAUGCUUACAGGGUACUGACCAUUUCUGCACAGACCUGGAGUAUGAACAUAACCGACAUGACCUCCGGAAUCACUUAUGUGUUUCAACUUCGGGCGGCAACGAAAGCUGGUUGGGGCGAAUUUGGCCAGGAGACUCAACUGCAACUUCCUCCGCAAGAUGAAUCCACGAUAGGACCUCUAACGCUGCUCUCUCAGUCCAACUCCACUAUGAUGCUGACCUGGCCGGAGCACAUACGCAACUCUUCCGCCAACCGCUUACCAAGCCCCAGAGUCUCCUACAUAGUCACGUACUAUGCCCUGUCACAGCACUGCUCCAACGUCGCGGCCGUCUCGGCAGUCUACUGCCAGUCCUCUAACCCUAUCUCGGUGAAAGUGCCGAGCAAUCAGGCGCUUUUGGUUGAUCUGACAGCAUUCACAUUCUACAACGUGUCCGCUCAGCUGACCAGUACUGAUGAAACGACGUCUCCCCAGACAAUGUUUGCAAUUCACAGAACGUCACCAUCAGUGCUGAUGGUGGUGGGCCUGGAGAUCGUGUCCCGCUCGUCUCACUCCAUAACUGUACAGUGGAGAACGGAUCAAGAACACCAGCGACCCUACCAGCCUGCUAGUUUCCUGGUUCACACCACGUCGCUCUCCUCCAACUCAACGUUCACAGACCACCGGCAGAUAGUCAACAGCAGUGUUACGGACACUACUGGCAAGACGGCGGUGACCUGGACACUAUCCGAUCUACAGGGAGACACACUGUAUGAGAUCUCCGUUGAAGCGUACAGCCAGUUUGCUGUGCCAGUGUCCAAGCAGAAGCUAUCUGUUUCAACGUUCACUCUCCCUUCUGUUCCAUCUCAACCAUCAGCUGCUGCUGUUAGAUUUGUGCCCGAGUAUGGCUUGCAGGUGGAGUGGUCCGAGGCACAGUACCAGCAAAGUCCCGUAUCUGGCUAUCGAAUCACUCUGUUGUGGGCCAAUGUGAUGCCAAACGAGAUCCAAGGUCAGUCAGCGACAUCCACACCGGACCAUUCAUUCUACCAUUACCGGCAGUCGCAUCGCCUGUACUCGCCAAGCCAACGCACAUUGACCAUCCCUGAUCCACCGCUCAACUCCUCCGUCUACGUCCUGGUCUCUGCUUGGUAUGCGGACAGUGCUGGGAAGAGGCACGAGGGGCAGAUGCUUGGAGCAGGACAUGUGCACACUACUCUAACUCAUGAUCCGGAGCUGAGUAUCGAUGGGAUAAUGACAAGCGACGAUGGCCGAGGCCUGAACGUGACUUGGCACGACAGCGCCGUAGCAAGCGUAGAACGUGACAACUCCAUGCUGCUCUACACCGUUCGGGCUAUGCUACAUGGCCGCUGCAACGACCUCGUCUCACCCUCCAAUGUACCACCACUGAAUCGAAGUGAGGUGCAUAAUGAUGAUACCGACUAUGGUGAUGUUGUCAGUAUAGAGCUGGACGGUCUUCGUCCGUAUAGCAAGUACACGGUGGAGAUUGCCAGGAUGCUGAAAAGUGGCGGCGAGUCUGAGAAGCCAGACUAUCGCUACGUUGCAACGACACAAGCACUCGUGUGUACGGGAGAAUCAGCUCCAUCGACGAGUGUGCACGAUAUUCAAGUUGUUGCAGUUUCAUCACGCCAGGCCGAGCUGUCAUGGUUGCCACUGCAUCUCACUGAAAUAACAGGUUACAUUCUAGAAUAUCUAGUACGUUACCGCAUAGAGAAUGCCCCCAAUGUCUCAGCCUCUAGCAGAGAUCGGCGAUCGGUUGUCGGAGCGUCUUUUCUGGAGGCAAAGACUGUGUCCGUACAUCGUCGUGUUCACACGGCAACACUCGAGGACCUAUUACCCAACAUGCAGUAUGCUGUCGACGUGGUGGUGCGAACUGAGAGCGGUGAUAGCCCUAGCUCAGCCUGGCUUUUCAUCAAGACCAUGGAAGAUGAACCGGAGAUUCAGUCGCUGCAAGUCCGUCAAUUCAACAGCACAGCAGUUGAUAUAGAAUGGCUACAGUAUCCGAACAGCAAGAUCAAAUCACUUCAAGCUACGCUAAUACCACUGCCACUACCCGCACUGGAUAUCAAGCCAGAGGUCAGCAUUGUGGAUAUACCAUUUAUUGACACAAUUCCGCGGCGCUAUCGACACACUUGGACGCAGCUGAAUGCCAGAACUCGCUAUCGAGUUGUGGUGAAGCUGCUUACGGCGUACGGCCAGGCAAACGCUAGUGUGGAGGUAAACACCCUGGAGAGUGUACCGUCUCAAGGACCGAGCCUGCUAUGUGAGUCACACAAAGUCACCACUGAGUCAUCCAUAGUCAAUUUGACCUGGUCAAAGAUACCAUACGGCAAGGCAAACGGUGACCUUGUCGCCUACGUCAUCAGCUACGGAGUCAUGAACAGCACCAGUGCGGCGUUUUCCAUGAUCAACGUGUCGGCACACGAGGAGAAUAUCCUGCUGGACAGUCUGUUCCUGCCCGGACAGUACAGCUUUACGGUGGCUGGCGCUACCCGUGUUGGUGUGGGUAAAGCCAGUUCCCCGUGCACAGUGCAUGUGGAUGGUUCAAGUACUGAAGAUGCAGAUACCGAGGCAACAUCAGCUGGAGGAAUGCCAGGAUGGGUGUGGUUCUCAAUAGGGUUGCUACCUGUGCUCAUUGCCCUCUUGGCCAUAAUCACCUUGCUGGUGCGUCACAAGGAGAGCAUCUACUGGCGAGUACGAGGCCACAAGCGUGGUGAUGGCGGUGGCGGUGGCGGUGACACGUCGAGAACAAGCAUGCGCCUCAGUACAGUUAACCUAGUACCGCUGCAUACGUACAGCAUGUACCAGUCCUGCCGUGGACUCCUCGAGAGCAAAGACCAGACGGAGCAGUUCGAACAGCUCGCCAGCUACACCUCGCAGCAGAUUGAGAGAAGUCGAAUACGUCAGCACCGAGGCAUGGGCGUGGGAAACCUCAUCACAAUGUACGUUGCAAAGCUGAGUGAAGCCGGUCCGCAGUCAGACAGGGCAUCGCCGCCAAUCAAAACCGAAGUGAUCAUCAAGCAGUUACAUCGCACGGCUGAAGGUGAAGGUACGGCACAAAUGCUACUGGAAAUCGACGCACUGAAAACGUUCCAGCAUAAGAAUAUCGUGGAGAUGGUUGGGCUGUGCACAGCUGAUGUUCCGCAGAUGAUAGUGCUGGAAAAUAUGGCUAAGGGUGACUUGAAGGCAUUCUUGGCAUCAUGCCGCGAUACGCCCAUGUCGUCUUGCACCCGAGUCAGCCUCGCACAGCAGCUGUAUAUAGUCUAUCAGGCAGCCAGUGCCCUGCAGUAUCUGGGAAAGAAUUGCUUUGUGCACGGAGACAUAGCAGCCAGGAACUUCCUGGUUGGUGGCAAUAUGGAAGUCAAACUGGCUGACUUUGGACUGAACCAAGGUUUAUACUGUGAGGACUACUACAGCUCAGGCCCUGAGACUUCGCUGAUACCACUGCGCUGGAUGGCCCCGGAGGCUUUAUUCGAUGGCAAGUUCACCACUUCAAGCGACAUGUGGUCGUUUGGCGUGCUCAUGUGGGAAGUGUUCAGCCUGGGUCAGCAGCCGUACCACGACUACACCAACAUUGAGCUGCUGGUGGAGCUACGGGAACAGUUCCAUCCUGGCCAGCCACACCGCUGUCCGGAGUAUGCGUUUGACUUGAUGCAGAGGUGCUGGAUGGUUCCUGCCAGUGCUCGACCUGGAGUCAAUGACCUCGUCAAGGAGAUCCUCCACUUCAUGGCCAGCCAUGCUCCAAGAAAAAAUUCGACAAACUCAGUGUCAUCUACCGAUGAUCUAAUCUUGCUGUAUGGUGAGCUGAAUGAACUGAUGGAUGUUCUGAGUGAUAUCAGUGAAGGAGAUUCUCCCCAGCGGUUUUCCAACACGCCAUCACCGCCGAGAGCUGCAAAUGUCACACGGCACGGCAGCUGCCCAACCAACUUUCAUGUCUACAGCGAGAUAGGCAAGAAUCACGCGUAUGAUGACAUUGUGCUGUGCAAUCCUGGUGUCGAACUGCCACCUCCUCGCCUACGACCUCACUCCAUGCGUGUGCUCCCAUCGCCUGCCAUGCCGGGCACGUCUACAAGAGUGGCCCGUGCUGCACGGGCAAGCCACCACCACCAACAGCAACAACAACGCCGAGAACCGACCGAGAGUAUCUACCUGACAUCGGUGGACAGCCUUGAGUCGUUACCAAGAUGCCGAUCAUUCUCCACAAUUGUGUAAUGAAGAACUUGAUGGAUACAAGGAGAACAAUGACGGUACUGCUAUUUCUGAACAAUUAAAUGAUGAUGAUGAGCCUCACUUGAACCAUUUCAUAUGAGUUUUCCUUGUUUUGAUUAACCUACUGGCCCAAAUUUCUAAUGCUAAGGAUUUCUAAAGUAAAGUCAAACUCACGGUUAUCUUUUGAAGCAAAAUAUUUAAUUUAAUGUAUAAUUCUAAAGGAAGAAUGUAAGAACCUAUUUGUUGGACCUUGAGCGACUUCACUAAAACACACACACACAUACACACAUGUUUUCUAUGAAGUUAAAACAACUACUUCCACCUAGCAGUACUGUGCCGCGUGCUCUCAAGCAGCCUCAAUGGCCUAUGUGUUGCGUGUUCACCUUGUGUUUGCCGGGGGACAACACACUGUCAAUGCUCAGUCAUUACAUAUCAUCAAAAUUAUUUUAAAAGUCCCUCUGCUGAGCAGAUGGUGUGCUCAUUUCUGCCCAUGAUUGGAGGCGUAUAUUUCAUCGUAAUAAAGGAUAGUGCUAUUUUCAAAAUCACAUAUUUAUACAUUUUUCAUUUCAGGAUUGUUACAUCUAUUGUUUUAUUCAUCGCAUUGUUAAAUCUCCUUUCUCCGGAACGCCUGUUUGCUUUUUUCAAACCGCUUUAUUAUUUCGUUUUGUUUUACUUUUCCAUUAUAUCUGAUAUUCAUGAUAUCUGACGAUGGGUGACUGGUCCGAAACGUCAUAA